AGUAGUUCAGCUGAAGCUAUAGAACCUAUUCCAAGUAUAGACAGUUCAACAAACAUUUCCAUCAAGCGAAAACGAGGUAGAAUUAAUCGAUCUUGGUCAAAAACUGAUUGCCAGGCAUGCAUGCAUGUUAAGAGAAGGCAAGAUGGGAGAUGGAUAAUUCGUACCUUUAUAAAGGACCAUAACCAUGAAAUUUUCCCAACUCAGGCCUAUUUCUUCAGGGGUCAUAGGAAUUUGGAUCUAGGUAAUAGGAACAUUGAUGCUUUACAUGCUAAUCAAAGAACAAGAAAAAUGUAUGUCUCUAUGUCCAGGCAGUCAGGUGGGUACAAGAAACUUGAGAAACAGAAGGCUAGGGUCAUGAAUCAAGAAUAUAACACCCAGCACUUGUCCUUAGAGGAAGGUGAUGCUCAAGUUAUGCUCGACUUUUUUAUGUGCAUGCAAGAUGAGAAUCCUAACUUCUUUUAUGCAGUGGAUCUGAAUGAAGAGCAACGAUUAAGAAAUGUUUUCUGGAUUGAUGCAAAAAGUAGGCUUGAUUACAAUGAUUUUGGUGAUGUAGUAUUUUUUGAUACAACAUAUAUUAAGCAUGAUUACAAAUUACCAAUUAUUCCUAUUAUUGGUGUUAACCAUCAUGUUCAGUUUCUGCUGCUUGGAUGUGCAUUAAUCGUGGAUGAUGCCAAAUUAGCAUAUACUUGGCUUAUGCGGGCUUGGCUUCGAGCGAUGAGUUGGUGUCCUCCGACAGUUAUACUUUCUGAUCAAGACAAAAUGCUUAAAGAAGUUAUUGCAGAAGUCUUUGCUGGUUCUCGUCACUGUUUUUGCCUGUGGCACAUAAUUAGUCAAGUACCUGAGAAACUCAGUCAUGUGAUAAGGCAACAUGAGAACUUUAUGAUCAAAUUUAAUAAGUGCAUUUUUAAAUCGUACAGAAGCGAACAGUUUAAGAAGAGAUGGUGGAAAAUAGCUGAUAGGUUCAACUUAAGAAAUGAUACGUGGUUUCAGUCAUUGUAUGAAGACAGAGAACAAUGGGUACCAAUGUAUAUGAAAGACAUUUUUCUGGCAGGGAUGUCUACAAUCCAACGAUCAGAAGGUAUGAACUCUUUCUUUGAAAAAUAUAUGCAAAGGAAAACUACAUUGAAGGAGUUUCUAGAUCAUUACAAGGCAAUUAUACAAGAAAAAAUGGAACAGGAAGCAAAAUCAGAUUUUGAAGCUUGGCAUAAACAACCUGGAUUAAAAUCUCCAUCACCUUUUGGCAAGCAAAUGGUGACAUUAUACACACAUGCAAUAUUCAAGAAAUUCCAGGUUGAGGUUUUGGGAGUCGUUGCUUGUCAUCCUAAAAUAGAAAGUGAAGAUGGAGAGACUAAGACUUUUAAUGUUCAAGAUUUUGAAGAGAACCAGGAGUUCGUUGUGGUUUGGAAUGAACCAACAUCUGAUAUAUCUUGUUUGUGUCGGUUGUUUGAAUUCAGUGGUAUUCUUUGUAGACAUGUGAUGAUUGUUCUACAAAUGUCUGGUGUUCACAGCAUACCAUCUCGAUACAUAUUGAAACGCUGGACAAAGGAUGCAAAAGGUAGGCAAACAAUGAGAAGGCAAGCAGAUGUAAUCCUAUCUAGGAUGCAACGGUACAAUGAUUUGUGUCAUCGUGCUUUUAAAUUGAGUGAUGAAGGGUCUUUAUCUCAAGGGAGUUAUAACAUUGCCUUCAAUGCACUUGAAGAAGCAUUGACAAGGUGUGAGAUUGUCAAUAAUUCAAUCCAAAGCCCAAUAGAACCACCAUCACCAGCAAUUCAAGAUUCUCACAGUUAUGAAGAAGUGCACCAAAGUAACAGCACAUCCAAGACAAGUAUGAAGAAUAAUGUAUCAAAUAAUAGACAGGUACAUCGAGAAGAAGUCACAAAUAUUGGGAUGCAUGACAGCUGGCAACAAAUGGAACACUCAAACUUAGAAGCACCCGCUCUUGACUGUUCUUAUGAAUCACAAGUUAGCAUGCAAGGGAUGGAUCAGAUAAAUUCAAGAGCUCUAACACUUGAUGGAUAUUUUAGCGCUCAACCAAUUAUGCAUGGAAUGGUACAGAUGAACUCAAUUGUUCCAAGCCGUGACGAGUAUUGUAGCAAUCAGCCAAGCCUACAAGGACGGGGCCAAUUGAACUCGAUUGCACCACUUCAUGAUGUUCAAUAUAUUAAUCAAGAAAGGAUGCAUGGAAUGGGGCAUUAAAAUUUCAGAUCAUAACCAUUUCCAGUUGUUUUGACAUUCAG